UUUCGGCAGCGGAUGGACCCUGAAGUUAGACUUCAAUGACGUUGAUGCCUUGCCAGCAGGUGUCAUGUUGAUGCAGCUGCGAGAAAACAGCAACUCGUGGCAUCUUGUGCCCUCCCCCAACGGUAACGAGUUUGCCCCUUGCGCGCCGCUUACACGCCAUGAGGAAUGUGUCGCGCACUUGCAGGCUUCAAUGCCGUCACACCUCCGCAGAAAGCAACAGUACAUAUUACCUCCUCGUAUCCGCCCGGGAAAUGUCUUCUUCACAGCAUUUAGCAUCAACUUGUUUUGAUAUCGUCGUAUCAAUUCCCUCAAAAUGGGUUCAGAAGCUUCUCCGGGCCGGCUCCUCCACCAGGUGGUGGACGAGUUGGCAGAAACUCAACCAGAUCAGCUGUACUGCAUUCAUCCAGUCUCCAUGAACUCGGCCGAUAAUUGGCGAAGCAUCACCUACCAGGAUUUGGCCCAUGCUGUCAAUCGCAUUGCGUUCUGGAUUGACCAGCAGCUGGGCGAUCGGGCCAAGCAGAAGCGACAUGUCCUCGCCUAUAUAGGGACCAAUGAUGUGCGAUACGCGGUGUUUAUAUUGGCCUGCAUGAAAACAGGAAACACGGCAUUGCUUCUCUCCACCCGGAACUCUCAUACCGCAUUCCAGCAUCUGCUCGACGCCACAGAUUGCUCAGUAAUGGUCGACGCCAGCAACAAGCAGCAACUGCGACAGAUGUUGGAUAAGGUCAAAAGGAACCGCUCAGAAGGGUUCCAGAAAUGGCGUAUGCCGUCACUCUGGGAAGUCUUCCAAGAUGCGCCAAGUGACAACUACCCCUACAAGUACGAGCACGAUUUCGCCGCCGCCGAGGAUAUAUCCCCGGUUAUCUUGCAUAGCUCCGGAACAACAGGGAAACCCAAGCCUAUCAACAUAACCCAUGGUUAUUUCGCCACUCUUGAGAAUAUCCGGACCAUCCCUGUGCCAGAGGGACGAAAGCUCGCCCAAGCUCAUGUGCGAGCGGACGGGAGAUUACGGUUUCACUAUGGUCCCAUGUUUCAUUUUGUCGGCCUGGUCUGCAUCACCGAGUGUAUUUAUUUCAAGACAGCAUUCGUUCUUGCACCCGACCGUCCGUUUGAUCCUGAUCUAUUUGCGCAGAUCAUGUCUGCUUAUCAUCCCAAAUGGACAUUGGUAGCUGCACCUGUCAUUGAGGACCUUGGGAAACAGGAGAGCGGCCGGAAAGCGUUGUCACAAUUCGAGGACGUGGCUUUUGGCGGAGCGCCCAUGUCACAAUCCGCUGGGGACCAAUUGUCAUCGCUGACACGUCUACAGACUGUGCUGGGGAGCACUGAGACGGGAUGGACGCCCGCUUUGCUCUGCGAGGAUCCAGCUGAUUGGUGUUAUCUGGAAUGGGUUCCCGCCUUCGGGGUGCGGAUGGACGAAGUCGAGAAAGGGGUCUUUGAAUUAGUGAUUCCCAGGCCUGAGUCACGCAAGUAUCACGGAAUCUUCUAUUCCUAUCCAGAUCUAUCUGAGUACCGCACGGGCGAUCUUUUCACUCCACAUCCAACGAAAUCUGGUCUUUGGCGUUUCAGCGGCAGAGGCGAUGACAUCAAUGUCAUGAGCAACGGGGAGAAGUUCAAUCCUAUCGAAGCUGAGAAGAUCCUCGAGAGACACCAACUGAUCAGCCGUGCGGCCAUUUUUGGCCAGGACCGUCAUCAAGCCGCAUUGCUUCUGGAACCCGCGUGGGAUAACCUUCCCGAGGACUGGACCGAGGGAUGGCUUCGACAGCAGCUUGGGUCACUUUUGGAUGAGGCCAAUGAAGCACUCCCUGCUUAUGCACGUAUUUUCGACACUCACAUAGCUCUUACAUCUCGCGAUAAACCGUUCGCUCGAUCCCCAAAGGGAUCCUUGCGCCGUCGCGAGAUUGCCAACGAUUACAAGUCCGUCCUGGACUCUUUGUAUGAGUCUGGAGACUCUAAAACUUCUAAAGUGCACGAUGCCAAGGUUGGAGCAUAUCCUGAGGGCUCGGGUGGAGACGCACUCAAGCAGUGGCUCUUACGAGUGUUCUCCCAGCGACUCCGGUUGAAGGAUGUUGGCGAGAAUGAUGAUCUAGUUGGUAGCGGGAUCGACUCACUGCAGGUAACCGAAUUGUCGAGAAUGUUGCAGCAUGCAUCAAAGAAAUUGCACCCCUCUGGGAAAGCUAUGGUUUGGUCAAGCAAUGAGAUUUACCAAGCAGGCUCCAUCCAAGGUCUUGCCGACAGACUUAGUCGACAUGUUGGUGGUGAUGAGCCAAGCAAAAAGAGCUCAGAUGCCCAAUGGACGCGAACCGAUCGGCUUGUCCAUUCUGUCUGGGAUCACUCUCGAUAUCUUGGCCACGGCGGUACCACGGUCGUGCUAACGGGCUCGACGGGUGAUCUCGGUAGUCGCCUGCUCCAUCAGUUGUUGCAAAUCCCGUCGGUUGCAGAUGUAUAUUGCCUCGACCGCAGCGCCGAUGCAGCUGACCGCCAGGUGAAUAACUUCCAGGAAAGGGGCUUGUCAGGUGGGUGGAUCACAGAAACCUCACGGGUUCACUUCUGGCAGGUCAGCCUAGGCGAUGAAAUGCUGGGGCUAGCACCUGCUCGGUAUCGUCAGCUACGGGACACAGCAGAUGUCUAUAUUCACAACGCCUGGCCAGUUGAUUUCCAUAAACCUUUAAAGGCAUUUGAAGACCCUAUGCUUAAGGGGCUGCGACGCCUCCUGAACCUGGUUGAGGAGUCCCCUCGUCAGGCUCACUUGCACUACAUGUCAUCUGUUUCGACGGUCGGGGCAUGGCAAGCAUCCCAUGGAUCAACAAUUCCUGAAACACUGCAUGAGGCCUCGGCGGUGCAAGAACUGGGAUAUGCUGAGUCGAAGUUCGUGGCCGAGUCCCUGUGCGGAAUCGCAGCCCAGCGCAGCAACCUUCGUAUCAGCAUUCACCGCAUUGGUCAGCUGGGCGGUCCCUCAUCUCCCAGAGGAGGGAUGUGGAACCCGCGGGACUGGUUUCCGUCGAUGGUCCGCUCGUCAAUUACCAUCGGCAAGGUCCCAGAUGCUUUGGGAGCAAUAAAGGUUAAUUGGAUCCCGAUUGACCUAGCUGCUCAAGCUAUUGUGCAGAUAGUUCAACGCCGCCACGAGGAGCAGAAUCUUACCGGACUCACGGUGUACCACGUUGUCAACCCGGAGCCCAAAGAUUGGGAGUUAUUUGCUCCCCUGGUGGCUAGAGCGUGCAAAGCCAAGAUGGUUCCGCUUGAAGAAUGGGUCAAUGAUUUGCAACAGAUCUCGGAUGAUGCAAGUCACGAACGUCUCGAAAGUCUGCCGGCUAUUCCAUUGCUGGGGUUCUUCAAGAGCCUACUUGAUCAACAAGGUGCCAAUGCCGCACCUUUCGAAACGACAAACGCGAUUGCCCAUAGUCAAGUCAUGGGCACGAUUGGGCCUGUCGAUUUCGAGCUGUACAAGACGUGGUUGCAACAGUGGAAAGAACGCUGGCUUCCGGAUCUUGAUAUUUGAGCAGAGAUGUUGUAGAUUUAUGGUAGACCUGUAUUGAGGUUGGCUGAUGUUUCAAUUGUAACACAAUUACUCGCGUUGUAUCUAAGAGCAAAGCCGGUAGUUGCAGCGUGCUCGGGUUACACCACUAAGAUGCCUGAGACAGAUUCUGUGUCA